AAGAUGUUUUUUUUUCCCCUUCAGAUUCCUUGUGAUCUGUGCCGUUCCUCAAGUCCCCCCGAUCCAGGCCGCCGCCGCGCCUUCUCGGACAUGAGAACCGCCGAAGCAACCCCUGGGACGGUCCUGCACCGCCUCAUCCGGGAGCAGCUCCGCUUCGGCAACCUGACCGACACCCGCGCCCUGCUGGCCAUCCAGCAACAGGCCCUGCGCGGCAGCGGCGGCAGUAGCGGGAGUCCUCGCUCUUCCCUGGAGAGCCUGACCCAGGACGAGUGCCAGCAGCCCCACAUGUCCGCCCGGCAGGACCCCCAAGGGCAGGAAUACCACGGAGGCUGCGUUCAUCUGGAAAACCCCUCGGGGAUUCCCUACCACAAGGAGGAGCUUCCCACCUACGAGGAGGCCAGGGUGCACUCGCAGUACCUGAAAGGGGAGAUGGACUCUGGCGUGGACGUGCACUGGGAUGCCAAGAGGGAGCACGCCCGCUCCCUCAGCGAGCGCCUCAUGCGGCUCUCCCUGGAAAGGAGCCCGCCGCCCGCAAACGUCCCAGCCAUGAGCUCCUCGCAGAGUUUUCCGCAGCUGUACAAUGCAGCCGGCCCGCCUCGAGGGGACCCCCUGGGGCCGCCGCCCGUGUACCCGGCCCAGGAGCCGGGGGUGUACUUCCUAGAACCUACCGGCCCGACGCCCUUCUACUCUCAGCACAGGAAUGCCGGCGUUCCUGCGAGGGGUGCGUCCGGGGAUGAGGGUGACGCCCUGAGGCAGGAAAACCGCAGACUACGGCAGCAAGUGGACAUCUACGCAGAGAAGGCCGCACGCCUGCAGAAGCUGGAGGAUGAGAUAGCGAGGAUCUCGGAGGCGUACGAGACGCUGAUGAAGGGCUCGGCCAAGCGCGAAGCUCUGGAGAAGACCAUGAGGACCAAGCUGGAGGCCCAGAUGAAGAGGAUGCAGGAAUUCAACCGGGACCUCAGAGAACAAGUGUGCGCGGCCGCCAAGCAGCGAGCAGACAAGGAAGCAGAAUCCUCAGAACACAAGCAACACGUAUUCCUCAAGCUGCUCGAACAAAAUGAGGAGCAGCAGCGCUCGCGCGAGCGCCUGGAGAGGUCCGUCCAAAACCUGCGGCUGUCGGCGGAGGAGAGCCAGCGCGGUCGCGAGCUCCUGGAGAAGGCGCUGCUCUCGGCACACGCCCGCAACCGCCAUCUGGAGGACGAGCUGCGCAGGAAACGCGCCUACGUGGAGAAGGUGGAGCGUCUCCAGAGCUCGCUGGGCCAUCUGCAGGCAGCCUGCGAGAAGCGGGAAGAGCUGGAGAUGCGGCUGCGCACGCGCCUGGAGCAAGAACUCAAAAGUAUGCGGGCGCAACAGAAUCAGACCUUGGGCCCUGUAGCUUCGGAGCUGAGCUCCUCCCGUUCACUACAGCAGCUGCGGGAGCGCGAGGAGCGUAUCCUGGCCUUGGAGGCCGACAUCACCAAGUGGGAACAGAAAUACCUGGAGGAGAGCACCAUGAGACAUUUUGCCAUGGACGCCGCCGCCACGGCUGCAGCGCAGAGGGAUACCACCAUCAUCAACAACUCCCCUGGACAUUCGCCCGACAGCAGUUUUAACGAGGACCUGCCUCUGACCAAUCACAGACAUCAGGAGAUGGAAAGCAGGAUCCGAGCUCUUCAUGCCCAGCUCCUGGAGAAGGACGCCAUGAUCAAGGUCCUUCAGCAGCGCUCCAAGUGGGAGCACAGCAAGCUGGAGAAACAAAGUCUCCGGCUGGCCACCUCCGUCCCGUCCGUCGCCGUGGCGGCCGGCAGUACCGAGACUAAAGGAAAAAGCCUCUCGGAUGACAAGACAGGUGGUCCCGUACUGCGAUGUGAGCGGAUCAGCCGGGACUCCAGCACCCAAUGUGACCCGCUACAGCCAUCCGGAACCUUGGCGGUUUGCGCCUCUGAUACUUCGGAGGAAACCGAGCUGAGAGGAGUCAAGGCCUCGGAGAUCGCCAAGAACAAGAUUGACUCAGAGAUGGUGGAGAUCCUCAUUUGAAGGAUUUCCAGACAUGUCGCUGUAGCUUAUUUAUUUCCAAAGUGUCAUUGCUGCUCUUUUGUAUUGUACCGCCCGUUUAAGCUAAUUGAUUUUUUUUUUUUUUUUUUUUU